AUGCCAAAAGCAGAGGAUUUUUGUGUUGACGAUGUCUUGAGGCUUGUUGGUGGAAAUCGCAUGAUUGAGGUUGUCGAGGUCAGCGGCCAAACAAGCUGUAUCUCUGUUUUCAGUACUCCUGCGGAAAAGAGGGAGACACUGUACAAUGUGUUGUCACUAGAAUUCUCCAACACUGAGAUGGAGGAUAUUAUCCAGUCUCCUGAUCUAGUCCGUCGAAUAGAUUGGGUUGAAAAUCACUGGCCUGAUGCGUUACGUCAGCGGUAUAUCACGUUUAACAAGAAAGGACACUAUACACCUCAUCACACAUAUCCAAAAGUGCAAAACUAUUGUUUGAUGAGUGUUGAACGUUGCUACACGGAUUUUCAUGUUGAUUUCGGUGGCACUUCAGUGUGGUAUCAUGUUCUUAAAGGCCAAAAGGUAUUCUGGAUGGUCGAACCAAGUUUGACGAAUAUUCGUCUAUACGAGGAAUUUGUGAAGAAUCCCGAACAGACGGGUUUUUUUGGCAAUGUGGUCGAAAAGUGUUGUAGAGUGGUACUAAACCCUGGUACCACAACGAUAAUACCGUCAGGAUGGAUUCAUGCUGUUUAUACUCCUUGUGAUAGCCUUGUUUUUGGUGGCAAUUUCCUCCACUCGCUUCGUGCCGACAUGCAAAUCCAGGUGUAUCUCAGUGAGAAUCGUAUUAAUGUGAGUUUUACUUGGUUUCAAAUCUUAUAG